CCUCAGCUGUUUACUCUACCCCCCUCGAGCUCCGCCCUCGGGUGCUAGAUCGAGUAAACAGCUUCGGGGAUAUCACCGGUACCGCUUCAGAACCAGGCGUUAACCUAUGCGUGAUCGGGUGAUAAUUAUUCCGCGCGCGCAGCUCUCUCACCCCCCCGUCGUCCACGUAGUAGUGUUUCCGUCGUAAAUAUGGGUGCCUUCUUCAGCAGGCGCACCCGGCGGGCACAGCUGGCACCUCAAGAGCCAAUACCUAAUGAAGCUCCUCUUGAAGUGGACAUAGUGGACAUAGACGAUGGAUAUGUUUUAGUUGGAGGAGGACAGAGGGAAGAAGGAGACCAGGAAGAAGAACAGGGAGAAGCUGGUGGAGGAGAAGCUGGUGGAGGAGAAGCAGAAGGAAGGGGAGAAGAAAGUGAAGGGGAGGCAAGCGAAAAUCGGGAAGGUGAAGAUGAACUCAGGGAUGUGUCUGCGAGGGGCUACAGGUUCUCAGACUCUGAGGUGAAACAAAAACUUGGCCCGCGUGUUGCUCUUGUGCAUUCAUACCAGCAAAAAAGCGAGGAGUCGUCCACACUAAUUGAGGAACUGUACAAACAGCUCUUUGUACUGCGGUCGGAUAUCAAUGGGCUGUUAGUGGGAUUCAAGCAUAGAUUGGGCUUUCAGGAGGAGACUAAGUUGAGUGUGUGCUUCAGACAACUAAGAGAGCUAGUUGGCCGUGAUCAUACCCUAAAGUUCAAAGAGGAAGCAUUGAAAAUUGACAUUGAUCCACAAGCAGAUGAAGACGCAGUUGAAGCAGUGAACAAAUUCAACUGGAUGCUAGAGAAAUGCCGCGAGCUCCAGGAAAAACUGCAUACGUCGAAAUCAUUAAUGGAAUGCAACAUAGGGGCUCUUGAGAGAGGGAGAAUACAAACUACAGCAACACUGGAUGUGAUAGAGCGAGGCAAGAAACAACUUGAGUUGGUUGAAGAGUGGGCCACACACGUCAGGUUCAUCAUACAGGAUACCAAAUCUUCCUCAAAGGCACUUGGUCCAAAACUGGUCACUGGAUCUAUCACUAGGGCUUGUGUGUAAAUAGGUAUAUAGUCUAUCACCACCACAUUCCGUCAGUUUAUCUCUGUAGCUUUUGUGUGGUAUUAUACUUUCUCUUUGGAAUAUCUGACGGCUUUUCCAAAAAAGGUCCU